UGUGUGUUAUAGACAGCGCAUCUCGUGAGGAGGUGCAUCAUGUGUACCCCGACCCCCCCAGUGAUGAACACAGUCUGGACAUCCAGCAGCAGGCUCUGCUCAGGGAGCAACAACGCAGGAUCAGGAACAUGAGGAGAGGAGAAGAGUCAGAUUACCCCAAUGGUGACACAGGGUCCCCAUCCCCAACGCAAGCCCAGGUUAACCUGAGGUCCAGACAGCCCUCAGCCCAGGAGAGGGAGAGCAGGAGGCCCGCCAGGAGAAGAGACUUUGAGGAUGACAUGUUGACUCCCGGUGGUCAGAGGGAUGACGAGGGCCAACCGGAUGCCCAGUCUCUAUUCUCUGUGGCCAGCCUGAACCUUGAGGGGGUUAAGGACCGCAACCAGAGACGCAUCCGCAGACUGGAUGACUUCAACGACCACGACUGGAGAUCAGGAGGGCUGUCAGCCGACGAAGGGGACCACCUCUCGCUGCGGUCCACCCCAUACCACCCGGACAGGCGUGUGUCUGUGGAGACGGUUGCCACAGAGCCCUGGCUGCGGCCUGGCACAUCAGACCCGCUGAAGCGGUUAGGGACUGGUCAGAACCGGAGAGAGAGGCCGGUUACUAGAGACAUCCUGGACGGGGACGGGCCCUCCACCUACCAUGGAUGACCUGUGACCUUUUUAGGUCUGUUGACCUCUCAUCUACACAUAGGAUCCCUUUCUAGUGCACUACUUCUGACUAAAGUCUGUGCCCUUGAUUUCAAAGCCAAAGAGGUGUAUUUUCUAUAUGCAGUCGAUCCCUACAUGGGCUAUUUCUGUCUCGGGAUCAGAUGAGCGCAAAAAAACAUCAUGCUUGUGCUUUUUACUCCGAAAAAAAAUAAAUGAAUGUAGCUUAUGUGUAUCCAUUUUGAAUCUACACAGCCCCCAGAGGAGACGUCCUAAUGGAGAUGAGAGCGGUAGUAGCAGAGAUAUUUCAGUCUCUGUAUACAACGGCUUUAGCCUGGGUACCAGUCUCUAGCUAACAUUCCACUACUUGCCACUCCUUGUCAUUGCCAAAGAGACUGGCCUUUUGGGCAAUCUCAACGUUCAAUAUGCAGCCGGAUUUACAGCGCAGUUGGAAACAUUAAUAUUUUCCAUGACAACGUUCUGGAACAUGAGGUGUGUGCAAAUUUGACGCCAUAUAGAAUUAAAAUUGGUGGAUUAAUAGCUCAGCCUAUGGAUUCAUUUCAAAUUUACACAUCUGUCUUCACUGUUCCCUUCUUGCGCAAUUCAUGCAUCUCCACUGGGCCCUCUUCCAUCCUCUGUAUUGCUUUUAUAGCUCUUGAACCAGUAGCCUAGCCCAAUGUCCCAGCAGUAGCAAUAUACAAUAGUUUGGUCACUUAUUUUGAGAAAUAGAAAAUAUAUAUUUUGUGUUGCUCAAAAUAAUAUAUAAAUAUUUGAGGAAAGAAGUGCCUUGCUCUUGCUUGCUGGAUAUGAAAUAGGCUACAGCGUUCACAAUGAACUGCUGGGGAAGUUUGAAUGGCGAGAGCUUCUCUGGUGUGACGCGAUCACAUUGGCUGGUGGUAAACAUGAAACAAACGUAAAUCCUCUGUUCUCCCAGCGCCCAAUGUUUGUUUACAAUGACAUAUUACGUCAGAAAGCCCAAUGUUUGUUUACAAUGACAUGUUACGUCAGAAAGCCCAAUGUUUGUUUACAAUGACAUGUUACGUCAGAAAGCCCAAUGUUUCCAAUCGAAUGUAUGAAUGAAGUUUUCCUAUCAGUCUAAUUUGCAUUAAACAUUGUGAUUGGAGGAUAGCUGUGAGGGUUAGAAAAUCAGGAUCAAAUCAUCUGAGCUCAUUAAUGAUGAUAUAAUGUUCAUAUUUGAAGAUUGCCGAAUGGCCAGUCUCUUUGGCAAGGAGUGGAAUGUUAGCUGAAGAGACUGGUACUCCAGCUACAAUGGCUCCAUGUAGUGAGGAGGAGCAAGCAGCAUCAGUGAGUGAAGCCAGUAGACAGUGAAGAAUUCCUGAGCUGCAACACUCAGAGAUACUGCAGUAGGGCUACGGUAUGGAUGAUGGCUAGGCUCUGGUCUGCCAAUCUUUUGAAUGUACUUUGGCAAAAUUAAUGUAUAUUUAAAACGUGAAUCUGAUGUUGAAAUGUUUGUAUCAAGUAAAGAUGUGAUUAUAUAUAUAUAUAUAGAAAG